GCAUGUAAACAGUCGGCGCCGGUGCUAGCCGCGGGAGCCGGGGGGGAGCCCGCGCCGUGCGGCCGGCCGGGAGCAGGCGCCGAGAGCGAUGGAUUUCCAGCAGCUAGCGGACGCUGCGGAGAAAUGGUGCUCGCACACGCCCUUCGAUCUCAUCGCCACCGAGGACACCGAACGCAGGAUGGAUUUCUACGCCGACCCCGGCGUCUCCUUCUACGUGCUCUGCCCGGACAACGGCUGCGGAGACAAUUUUCACGUGUGGAGUGAGAGCGAGGACUGCCUGCCUUUCCUGCAGCUGGCGCAGGACUACAUCUCCUCCUGCGGCAAGAAGACGCUGCACGAAGUCCUGGAGAAAGUCUUCACGGCCUUCAGACCUCUGCUGGGGCUCCCGGAUACAGAGGACGAUGCGUUUGAGGAGUACAGCGCCGAUGUGGAAGAGGAGGAGCCAGAGGCAGACCACGCCCAGAUGGGUGUCAGUCAGCAGUAACCCCCAGGGCUCCCAUGGAGGAGGAGAGUGAGCCCGUGGGGCCCCGGGUGGGGUCGCGUGCACCUGGAGACAGGACUCCCGGCGCCCAGUAUCCCGAUGACAAUGAAAUACCUUCUUAACGACCGCCAGUUACCUGUGAUGAGCUUGGCUCAGAAGUGGCCUGCGCGUCAGCCCUGCCGCAGCCGGGUUUCCACGGAGUCGUCUUGGUCGCCUUUGCCGUUUUGAGUUGAGAGUCCGUCGCGGCCGGCUGUCUUCUCCUGGGUGUGUGUUGGGGACGUCACCUUGGCCGACGCAGGGAACUCUGAAUGUAGGAAGGCUGCGCAGGCUGCGCGUGGAGUCCUCCCCCGGGGCCCUCCUGGGGCGCAGCAUGGCAGAGGGGGGUGCAGUCUGCACUUUUCAGUGUACGUUGUAAAUGUAAGUGAAGGUUUUGCUCCUAAAGCAUGAGUUUGAGUAUCUGGUCAUGAAACUGCAAAUGCAAGGGUGCGCACAGGAUAAUCGCUUAGCUUGGGACUACGAGGGGGAGGGGGCAGAGAAGCCUUGGAGCGUUUGCCAUUGUUGAGUUUGCGGAGCGUGCGUGUGGCAGCUGGUGCAUAGUUAGGGAGCAGCACUGCUGGCGUGUUCUGUUGUUUCCAGACCUGCUAAGUCCAAAGCCACUGUGAAAGUCUAGUGGAGGGGACCACGGAGAGGGCAAGAGGCGCACACUGCUGACUUCUUUGAAACGCUGUGCAGUGGGCCGUUUACCUAUUCUCUUAGAAUGAGAUGGCAACUUCCAAAUCAUGAAAACACGCAGAAUCCGAGUAAGUGCCACUUACACUUUGAAGCCAUAGAAAAAUUUAGUAAGAAAAUAAACCAGGAGAGAAAAUUUUUCAAAAGAUGAUAGCAUCAUCUACGCUUUCUUGAUCUUGUAUUCUUUUUUUUUUUUU